CGUUCGGGAGCGUGGGAGCGGCCGAGCCGGCCCCCGGCGGUUGCUAUGGAGAGCGGGGGAAAGGGGGGAGCGUGACCGUGGCCCCUCCCUUCUUCCUCCCGGCCUCGCCCUACGAAACAACAGUAAAGAGAAAGUUCCAGAGCUGGAUGAUGAAAAAUCUCCUGGUUUCUAUGCUUGUCUUGAGAAUGGAUCCUUCUUUUGCAUAGUUCCAAAUUCGUGGAACUUGUCAUCAUCAAAGGAUCAUCUUUUCUCCUUGGAUGGAUUGAUUAUUACUUGUUUGUGUUCAAUGGGACUUCGAAUUCACUUUGUGGUUGACCCUCAGGGUUGGUGCUGCAUGGGCCUGAUAAUCUUUGUUUGGCUGUACAACACAAUCUUCAUUCCAAAAGUCAUCCUUUUUCCUCACUAUGAAGAGGGGCAUAUUUCAGCUGUGGCAAUUUUGUGUUAUUACCUCUGCUCAUUGUUUUGCAUAGCUUCUUUAGUAAGAGCCUCUGUUGCUGAUCCAGGAAGGCUACCUGAAAACCCAAAGAUUCCAAUUACAGAAAGAGAAUUUUGGGAAUUAUGUAACAAAUGCAAUAUGAUGAGACCAAAGCGUUCACACCAUUGUAGUCGUUGUGGACAUUGCGUGAGGCGGAUGGAUCACCACUGUCCAUGGAUUAAUAAUUGUGUUGGUGAAGACAAUCAUUGGCUGUUUUUACAGCUGUGUUUCUACACUCAAAUUCUUAGUUCCUAUACGCUGCUACUUGAUUUCUGCCAUUACUACUACUUUUUGCCUCUGAAAAAAGAUAACUGGGAUGUUUUUGUAUUUAGACAUGAACUUGCUCUUCUAAGAAUAUCUGCCUUCAUGGGUAUAAUAAUAUUAGGUGGAAUAAGUGGACUCUUUUACACUCAGCUAAUUGGCAUUUUCACUGACACAACAAGCAUAGAAAAAAUGUCAAACUGUUGUGAAGAUAUAUCGAGGCCUCGAAAGCCAUGGCAGCAGACCUUCUCAGAAGUUUUUGGCACUCGCUGGAAGAUCCUGUGGUUUAUUCCUUUCAGACAGAGGCAACCACUGCGAGUUCCCUACCACUUUGCCAAUCACGUCUAAACAGAUGGAUGGUGGGCACAGAUGGGUCCUCCAUGCUGGAAGUGCAUUACAGGUUUUAUGAUGAUAGGACUAUGACAGUCUUCAACUCAAUUAAAAACUACCCACCAAUUGUAGUCAUCACAGUGUGUCCCAAGCUUUAUUCUAAUUGUGGUCUUGAUUCUGGUCUGAAAUUAAUACAUUUUGUAUGUUUACAUUUAGAUAUAUUCACUUUCAAAUUAGCUUUCCAAAUGGAUUUCAUUUGUCUUUGAAGUUAAUAGUAAAAACAAAUGACUGGAAUGCAGUCUUAUGCUAUUUGUUUGAUAAUAAUGACUCUUUCUUUUCUUUUUUUUCCUCUGGUAGGAAACACUGAAGUUUACAUCGAUUGUUAGCUUUCCCACUAAGUGUCUUAAUUUUUCUCUUUUACUGUUUUUAUCUGUAGGUCUUUUAGAUAAUAUUGAGGUCUUUCUUUCUGCUGCAUGUGUUUUAAAUUCUCCUAUACUGCCAUUUAUUUGUGAUGCAUGAAUUUAACCAUGCAGCACUGCACUAUAAAAGGUAGCAUUUAAAACAAGCAGAUGUUUUCCUAAACUUUUGUCUGAGAAGUUAUAUAAAUACAUGUAUAUGUUUAUAUAGAGAGAUCUUACAUUUUACAGUCAUCCUUCUGAAUAGAUAUAGUCUCAGUGGAAAAUAUUAACGUAUUUAUGUCAGCAAAAACUAUGAAAAGCCACAGGGUAAAAUAUGCAGAUGCAAAGCAUGUUUUCCCUAAUACUCCAAGGACUUUGCAAUAAUUCAACAACAACAACAACAAAUUGUAUGGUACAUAUACAAGAAUGAUUACUUUUUAAAAAUGCGUAUUUAAUUUGUUAGCAUAACGUACUAUAAGAAAUAGUGUAUUGUCAUUAGAGUAACAAACAUUUUACAUUUUCUCUUCCUUAGUCACAUGUAGUUGGAAUUGAUUUAGGUGUUUAUAAAUGGGAAGUAUUUGUGAAAAUAUUUAAAAAUAUUUAUAUAGAGAUACAGAUAUUUGCUACUAAGAGAAAUAACGUACUAUACUGAUUAUGAUAGCUUGUUUGGGGCCCUUUAUUUACGGAAGUAAUUAGUCAAAGAAAGCAUCAUUUACAUUGUGGUGAAAUGACAAUGAUGCCCAAAACUGGCUUGACUUUUCUGUAUCUGGAAGAAGAUACGUAAUUUAUGAUAGCCUUGUAUAUCUGUACAAAUGCUAGCAUGAGGUACUGGUGAUUUUUGAAAGUUCCGUGAAUUUUCAUGGGAGAUUCAAAGCUGCAAUGCCUGUAGUGUUUGUUGUCUAGACUAACAGGAUCAGGAUCCACCUUAAAUUAAUCACAAAUGAAUCACGU